AUGCCUUUUGGUCUAAAGAAUGCAGGGGCCACAUAUCAGAGAGCCAUGAACCUGAUCUUCCAUGACAUAUUGGGGAAGAUUUUGGAGGUUUAUAUUGAUGACAUGGUCGUGAAGUCUAAGAAGCGAAUGGACCAUAUCGUAGAUCUCAGAAAGAGAGGAAUUGAGGUUCCAGAAGAUAAGGCAAACGUGGUCAUCAACGCCUCUCCCCCGCGAAUGAAGAAGGAGCUACAGCGAAUGUUGGGUAAGAUCAAUUUUCUGCGACAAUUCAUCUCUAAUUCUGCAGCGGUAGAGGCUUCCAUUGGCAGUGUCCUCGCUCAGGUUGAUGAAGCAGGCGUCGAACUUGCUAUCUUUUACCUUAGUAGGACCCUCACAGACUGCGAAACAAGGUACACUCCCAUGGAAAGGCUGUGCCUCACUCUAUACUUCUCCGCUUGCAAGCUGCGACAUUAUAUGUUAUCCUUUACUACUUGCAUCAUCGCUCAGACCGAUCUGAAAGCAGUGAAAGAACAAGCCAUCGCAGACUUUCUGGAUCAUCACCCCAUGCUAGACGUCCCUGCGGUAAGAGAUUUAGAGGUUGCUAUUGAAACUGUAGCUUGGCCUGAUCUGGCAUGCUUACCUGAGUACACCAUGUUAUAUCAAGCCACGUUAGAGUUUCGAUGCACCAACAACCAGUAUGAAUAUGAGGCCCUUAUUAUUGGCCUAGAAGUGUUACUCGAACUAGGAGUCAGAGACAUCCAGGUACGUGGUAAUUCUUUACUCGUAAUCAAUAAGCUUCGCGCAAAGUACAGAUGCUCCAGCUACUUGCUUGCCCCAUUUUUGGAUUGCACCCUUGAACUUCUGGCCCAAUUUGAGCAUGUGGAUUUAGACUAUAUUCCUCACGAGCGCAACUUCGCGGCCAAUGAACUCGCUCAGUUGGCUACCGGCGUUACUUUGAAGUAUGGGGUUCGCGAACUAAUUCUCAAGGUUGAGCGACGCACGCUGCCUUCGUGGCUUGCACGACUUCUUGGAGCUCAUCAGGCGGGUCCAAAGAUGCAAUGGCUCAUCAGGAGACAUGGGUACUAUUGGCCUAACAUUUUGAAGGAUUGUAUCGCGUUCGCGAAAAACUGCCAGGAUUGCCAGGCUCAUGGACCAGUCCAGCACAUUCCUAAUAUUGCCAUACAACCCAUCAUUAAACCUUGGCCUGCGUGA